CCCGUUUGUCCAGGAGAGGCCCCCUUGGCUUACCACCACCCUCUGUCUUGGGCACCCGGCGCUCACGCACCCGUAUUCUGAGAGAAACUCCACCAUGACUUGUCCUUCUGCAGCCACAACAGUCUCCGGCGAAGACGACGACGCAGCGCAGCCUCUGCUGCAGCCGCAGGCCUCGAGCGAGUCCCUGGCCUCAAGCGCCGCCGACGGGACCGGCAAGGAGCAGCCCCGAGUCCAUGCGACCCCGACCAGCGCAAUCCAGCUCGGCCUCGACCAGCCCUAUGUCUUCCUGGAUCCACACGAGCCGUUCUCUGCAUUCUCGGGGCAUGUUCGGGUCCGGACCGACCGGUGCCCUGGAGUUCCGCGCAAGCUGCAGAUCCGGUUUCUGGGGGCUUCUGUAACGCGUUAUGAGGAGCCGCAGACACCCACCAAUCUCAGGGGCACGCACUGUCUCUUUGACCGCUGCAUCGUCCUCCAUGACUCGUCAUUCCAGUCCAACCAGCCAGCCAAAACUCUCUGGCAGACGACCCUCGAUCUUUGGGACAGCGUGAUGGCCCCCGGCAAGCUCAUAUCCCAGCCCGGCGUCAAGAACAGCGACGGCAACGCCAGCGGCAGCGCUGGUCGCACCUUCUCCGGCGCCAGCGACCCCAAGACAUCUUCGGGCCCGGACGGCAAAGCCCCCAAUGGCAAUGACACUGACCACGACGAAAGCAGCAACGACAGCAACGAAAUUCAGUUUGCGUUCGGCCUGCGGAUUCCGUCGCACUGUCCUGCAUCCUUCCUCUCGCGACACGGACAGAUCCAAUACCUGCUCAUCGCAACGCUCUCGUACUCGUCGCGCUUUUGCGGGCUGCCGCUGCUGACGCCAACGUCGUCGGUACUGACCACCGAGAUUGAUGUCUACAAACUCGCGGCGCUCGAGUGGCCCCUGUCGGUCGAGGCCUGGGAGGUCACGGCCGACGGGCUGCACUCGGUGUGGCGGCCGCUGAGCGGGUUUGAGGUGUACUGCCCCCGAGUCACGGAUCUGGAGGAUGCCCGUCUGCAGAUCCGCCUGGAGGUGGAUCGCGAGUGGGUUCGCGGGUUCCGGGGCGUUGAUGAGAUUGGCAUCUGUCUGGUGCAGAGAUCGCGAUAUACAUUCAGCCACCGGGUUCCAAUCAUCUUUCCCACCAACCCUUCGACCGAGUCCAUCGGCACCUGCCACCACGAUGCCGAAGAGUGCAUCGUGCCCUUCCGGUUCUUCAGCAUCUCGGGCACCAUGGAUAUCGACUUUUCGCUGCUGGAUCCGCGCGAGAAGGGUGUCGAAUACGUCCCGGACACGAAUGAUGAAAUCAUGCAAGUAAGCCACUUCCUCGUCGUCAAGAUCGCUCCGUACACCACCGAGGUCCAGAUCCCAAUCAUCGUGACCCGCUUUCCAGACGGCAUCGAUGCCGGCUCGCUCGUCCGGUCGCACUCGCUUGCCCGCCAUCUGGGCCCGGACCAAGUGCCGAUCCAAAUCUCACACCUCGAGCCGGAUACCGAGGUGCGGCUUCCGCCCAGCGCCGAGCAGCCGUCGCAGUCGGUAGCGGUGCCCAUUCCAACGCCCAUCAUGCCCGUUGGCUCAGUCGAUGGCCGGGCUUCGGCGGAGACCCUGGUGUUCCAAGACCCGCCAGUGUCUCACGACGAAUCGGUAAAGCACAAGCACAGCCCGGACGAAUCCGAUCCGAAGCAAGAGGCAAGGCAAGGCAACCGGCAGCUCGAGCAGCCAUCCGAGUCGCAGGACGCUCGCAUGUCGCCUGGAUCCAUCCGUUCCAGCCUUCUCCAACAAGAGCGUGAGCGGGAGCUGGCCAAAGCAGAGCGGCUUGCCACCCGCAAGGCCGCCAAGAAGGUUCGCAAGUCCCUGUUCAUGCCCGCCGAUGUCGGCCUUGACGAUCAUCGCGACCAUCCCCGCGGGCCGUUCGGGAUGGUUUCUGCGGACGCCCAGGAGAAGCUUGGACUUGCCAGCAGAAUGGCUAUCCCUCAGAAAGAAAGGCUCUCUCCCACCGCCGCACGGUCGGCACGCAUCGCAGCCAUAUCAACGGCCGUAGCAAGGGCCAGAGAGGGACCUGGACGCCAGCAGCAGCAAGCCUAUGGGGCCAGUGCCAUGCUGGGACAGGUCGGCGGCAGCGGCAGCAGCAGCAGGUUCAUUAUCGACUCUAUCUUGAGCGAAUACGAGGAAACGCCCUGCCGACGCCGGCGUCAUAUGGCCGAAGACAGUGAUUGAGAACGCAGCAGCCCAAUCGCCAGUAGGCCCACGGAAGAUGCCUGUUGGCUCGCAAUGUGCGGCAAGCAGUGGACUCGGGAGGCAUCGAAACGGAUAGCUUGGAUAUGUGUCGGUGGCAGUUAUUGCUAUUAUCGCCCUUUGCAGUCAAGGGCUAUCGGAACAGGUCUGUGAGCGAGAGCUGCUCAAUCAAUGGCCCACAGCUGAUGUUGCGAUGUGG